AUGAAAAGCAAUGUUUAUAGUAGUCAUCAUCAUUUAUUCAGUUGGCGUAUUUUUUUGCCGCUGCCUCUCCAUCACUUUCUGUUUGACGCUGCACUUACAACCUCAGCCACCAUCAUUCCAGCCCACCUCUUAAUAUCCUCAAGCCAAGACAUGCUUCUUUCUUUAUUUCUUUUUAAAUUUCACUUUCCUUCCAUUCUUUCUUUCUCUUUACUUUCAUUUUUUCUUUCUUUCUUUCUCCUUGGAUUACUUAAUUAUUUAUUUAUUGCUGUUUCUUUCUUUCUUUUUCUUCCUGUUUGUUAUUCAAUUAAUUAUAUACUGCUUCUUUCUUUCUUUCUUUCUUUCUUUCUUUCUUUCUUUCUUUCUUUCUUUCCCGUUCGUUAUUCAAUUAUUCAUUUAUUCUUCCUGUCCUUCUUUCUCUCUUUCUUCUUUUAUUUAUUCAACUUUCUCUUUCUUGAUUAUUUUUCUCUUUUCAUCCUCAUCUUGACUGCUUUUUGGUUGCAUUUUUAUUAUCUUUUGUCUUUAUUCCAUUUUCCUUCAAUGUGUUAUUCUCAUUUCGUUCACUCUCCUGUUUUUCUUUCUUUUUCAUUUGGUUCUGUUACUUUAUCUCUUUUUGUUUCUACUUCUCUUUCAUUCUUUCUCUUGCACUUUCAUUCUUUCUCUUUCAUCAUUUCUUUUUUUUAUCUUUUUUUCCUUCACUUUUUCUUUUGUUUUUUUCCCCUUCACUUUGCCUUUUAUUUCUUUUUUUUACGAUCGUUCUUUCUUUACUUCUCUCUCUAUCUUUUUCUCAUUCCUUUUUUUUUAAUUAUUCUUUCUGCCUUUUCCUUUCUUCUUAUUUAA